AGAACGGGUCGCGCGUUCACGUGACAGCAGCCAACAUGGCGCCGCCCACUGUGUGGUACGGCCCACGUGGUUCCGACAGUCAAGAUGGCGGGAGCGGCCACCCAGGCUUCCCUGGAGUCGGCCCCACGGAUCAUGCGGCUGGUGGCCGAAUGCAGCCGCUCCAGGGCCCGGGCAGGCGAGCUGCGGCUGCCGCAUGGGACAGUGGCCACUCCUGUGUUCAUGCCAGUGGGCACGCAGGCCACCAUGAAGGGCAUCACGACCGAACAGCUGGACGCUCUGGGUUGCCGCAUCUGCCUGGGCAAUACCUACCAUCUGGGUCUAAGGCCGGGACCCGAGCUGAUCCAGAAAGCCAACGGUCUCCACGGCUUCAUGAAUUGGCCUCAUAAUCUGCUAACGGACAGCGGCGGUUUCCAGAUGGUGUCGCUGGUGUCUCUGUCCGAGGUGACGGAGGAGGGCGUCCGCUUCCGCUCCCCCUACGACGGCAAUGAGACCCUGCUGAGCCCGGAGAAAUCCGUGCAGAUCCAGAAUGCAUUGGGCUCGGACAUCAUCAUGCAGCUGGACGACGUGGUUAGCAGUACUGUGACUGGUCCACGUGUGGAGGAGGCCAUGUACAGGUCAAUCCGCUGGCUGGACCGGUGCAUUGCAGCCCAUCAGCGGCCGGACAAGCAGUACCUCUUCGCCAUUAUCCAGGGUGGGCUGGACGCAGAUCUCCGGGCCACCUGCCUUGAAGAGAUGACCAAGCGAGACGUGCCUGGCUUCGCCAUCGGGGGCCUGAGCGGGGGUGAGAGCAAGUCUCAGUUCUGGCGGAUGGUGGCGCUGAGCACCUCUCGGCUGCCGAAGGACAAGCCCCGAUAUCUGAUGGGGGUCGGCUAUGCCACUGAUCUGGUAGUCUGCGUGGCUCUUGGAUGUGACAUGUUCGACUGCGUCUUCCCCACACGGACAGCGCGCUUUGGCUCUGCCCUGGUGCCCACUGGGAACCUGCAGUUGAGGAAGAAGGUGUUUGAGAAGGACUUCGGCCCCAUAGACCCGGAGUGCACCUGCCCCACAUGCCAAAAGCACAGCCGCGCCUUCCUGCACGCACUGCUGCACAGUGACAACACGGCCGCGCUGCACCACCUCACGGUCCACAACAUCGCCUACCAGCUGCAGCUCAUGAGCGCCGUCCGCACCAGCAUCGUGGAGAAGCGCUUCCCGGACUUUGUGCGGGACUUUAUGGGCACCAUGUACGGGGAUCCCACCCUCUGUCCCACCUGGGCCACUGACGCCCUGGCCUCUGUGGGAAUCACACUGGGCUGACCUGGUGUUAGAAGAGGGAGGGAGGAAAGGAGGGAGGGAGGGGCUGGAAGAUACUGAAGGAUUUCUUUUUGGAAGGUUUUUUUUAUUGUAACUUA